GGAAGAUCCUCCAACAUGUUCUCAGCCAGACAGUGAUGAUGAGGCAGAAGAAAUACAGAUUGGAGCACUGCUUUCUGAAGCCCAAUACACAAUCUGCAGUUAAUUUUUGUUUCUGUCCUCUUCUCCAUGCAGUGGUCAGAUGAUGAAGACACGGCCACCCUGACGGCACCGGAAUUUCCUGAGUUCACCAGUACAGUCCAAGAAGCUAUCAAUUCCCUAGGGGGCAGUGUAUUUCCUAAGCUUAACUGGAGUGCCCCAAGGGAUGCAUACUGGAUAGCAAUGAAUAGUUCUCUGAAAUGUAAAACCCUCAGCGACAUCUUUCUACUGUUCAAGAGUUCUGAUUUCAUCACUCGUGACUUCACUCAGCCAUUUAUCCAUUGUACUGAUGAUUCCCCAGAUCCUUGUAUGGAAUAUGAGCUUGUUCUUCGAAAAUGGUGUGAAUUAAUUCCUGGGGCUGAGUUCCGAUGUUUUGUCAAGGAAAACAAGCUUAUUGCUAUUUCUCAGAGGGACUACACACAAUACUAUGAUCAUAUUUCUAAGCAAAAGGAGGAGAUUUGCAGAUGCAUACAGGACUUCUUCACAAAACACAUACAGUACAAAUUCUUAGAUGAAGACUUUGUAUUCGAUAUAUAUAGAGAUAGUAGGGGGAAGGUGUGGCUAAUUGAUUUUAAUCCAUUUGGCGAGGUAACAGAUUCACUGCUGUUUACUUGGGAAGAACUGAUAUCUGAACGAAACUUAAAUGGUGAUUUUAGUGAAGGAGAUGCUCUGGAGCAGGAUUCUCCAGCUUUCCGUUGUACAAACAGUGAAGUUACAGUCCAGCCCAGUCCCUAUCUGAGUUACCGACUGCCCAAGGACUUUGUAGACCUCUCUACUGGGGAAGAUGCUCACAAACUCAUCGAUUUCCUCAAACUGAAAAGAAAUCAGCAAGAAGAUGACUGAAUGGAGUGCUGGAGUUCAAGAGCAAGUCAAGGAGGAAACCACCCUCCUUCAGGGGCUGCUUGUGGUUCCCGACUCGACUUCCUGUCGACCCAGUCGGAUGGGGUGGGGUGGGCAAUGUGGAAAUCAAUCGCUUUUUUAAUAUUCAUGUAUAUUAAGCUGGGAGAAAACAGGGACUUUGCUACUUGUAAAAAUAACAUAAUAAAUAGAACUUAAACAUAGGAAACCAUAUCGUUCGGAUGAUAGAAUACUUUCUAUGAAAUACCUUUCUCUUUGGCCCAGUCUGUUUACAUGUAUCUGUGUUUCUUGUGCUAUUUUUAUAUCUAUCAGGUAGGUGGGCAAAUUUAUAUUUGUUAUACAGAGUGGACUCUUUCCUAGUCAUUCCUUUUCCAUUGAAAAAAUAGAACCUCAUAUUACUAUAGAAAAUAUUUUUUUCUGCGUGGAGGAUUUUCAUAUAAUCUUUAUGUUUGUUUAACUUCAGUUUGGGUACAGAUAAAGGAAUGCAGACUUCUCAAACUGAAAUAACCUUGAAAUUUUCAAUAUAUUACAACUAUCUUAAUAUAUCUUAUAUUAGUAUAACGAUCACAGAUUUAAUUAGAAUUUGACUUUCAAAAAUACUGGAAUCAUUGGGAGGUAGAUUCACUGUUUAGGCCACCAUUUUAGUGAUUAUUUUUCAGUGGCCUAAUUGGUGACAUUAAUCAUGGUGAUAGCUUAUUGACUCAGCACUGACUCCCUGCAAGACAUUCUGCUAAGUGCUCUCGACUUGUUUGUUUUUUAUCUUUACUGUUGAAGGUAUUACAG